AUGUGUAAGUCGACGCGUGGGCAGCGGAUCCUGACAACCUGCAGAAUCGACACCUACCCGAGUCACUUGUCCAAGCCCAAACGCAGCUUGCCGCAGGCACAGCGGCACUGGAUGGAGAUCACCACCUCUUUGCCAGUUCUCGAUUGGUACGAGCAAACAUCCGAGAACGAUCUGCAGUAUUGGGGCCUGGAUUAUCCACCUCUCACGGCCUUCCACUCCUGGUUGCUCGGGAAGCUGGGACGCUUGGUCGACCCUGCCUGCUUUACACUGCAUACCAGCCGUGGCUACGAAGGCAUGAGUUGCAAGGCGUUCUUGCGUAUCUCGGUGAUCGUGUCAGACCUUUUCACUUAUCUACCCGGUGUCUUCGUUGCCAGCUGGGGGUUUGGUGCCAAGGACCCGGCGCUACGUUCUUCAACUCUGUUGCUGCUGUGGCUGCUGCCGCCCCUGGUUUUGAUUGAUCACGCCCACUUCCAGUACAAUGGCGUUUGCUUGGGCCUCUGCCUUGCAGCUGCUGGCUGCGUGGCCCGCGGCCGCACGGCGCUUGCCAGCGUUCUAUUCACAUCUGGGUUGCUGUUCAAGCAGAUCGCGCUUUACUAUGCGCCGGCCUUCUUUUUUGGCAUUCUCGGUAUUUGCCUCUGGCGACCGCCCGUGGGGAUCUUCAUGGCAUCGCAACGUGUAGUUGCCACGGGCCUCGUCGUCCUGUCUUCAGCUUCGCUGCUGCUGGCGCCGUGGCUGCUGUCUGGGCAUCCGUUUGCCGUAGUGCUGCAGGUCUUGCACCGGAUGUUUCCCUUUGCGCGAGGGCUUUACGAGGACAAAGUUGCCAACUUUUGGUGUUCCAUCUCGGUUGUCUUGAAGGUACAUCGCCUUUUGCCUGCAGCCCACAUUCCGCGCCUCUGUGCCGCUGCCACGCUGCUGGCGCUGCUUCCUUCAGCGCUCUGCUCUCUGCGUCCACGGGCUGGGCCAGGAUCCUUUGCCGCUGCCUUGUUCACCUCCUCUCUGUCCUUCUUCCUCUUCGCCUUCCAGGUGCACGAGAAGGGCAUCCUCUUCGCCGCGACGGCCGCGGCUCUGCUGCCCAUGGCAAUGCCGGCGAGGCAUGUGGCAUUGGCAGUCUUGGCAGCGCGGCACUUCCAGCUCGUGGCCCUCUUCUCCAUGUAUCCCCUGAUGGUCAAGGACUUGCUUGUCGUCCCUUACGCGCUGGCAUGUUUGUCGCUGGUCGCCUUCUGUGAGAUGGCAGCUUAUCAGGCGAGUGUCUCAGUCAAGAUUCAAGCGAGGGCCUCGUACCUGGUGGGCCUCCUCCUCCAUGGCAUCCAUGCCUUUGCACCGGCUCCGGCACGGUACCCGGACCUCUGGACGCUGCUGAUCACCAGCGCCAGCUGCAGCUACUUUGUGUGCGCUCUCGUUGUGGUGAGUGAGCGAUCUGUUCGAACAGCGGUGAGCACGCUCGGUCUGGAUUUGAACCCCGCCAAGCUUUUCAGCUUUCUGCGGAGCCCCUCAUCCCAGGAGGGUGUGACCUUCCAAGAGUUUGACCCUGAAGCAUGGAAAAAAUACAUGUCCGGCGACUACAGCAACUUGGUCCUCCCAGACAGCCGCGAAUUCCUGGAUGAUUUGCCUGAAGCCGCGGGCCACAUGCCCGAGUCGGUGACUAAUCGACGUCAAGGUGGAGUGGAGCAGAUGCGGCGGAGCAUGAACAAAGAUGCUCAAGAUCAGAGAAAGCAGGAGCAGGAGCAGAUGGAGAAGUUCAAAGUCGGCCUCAAGAGCGCUGAUGGCUUUCGCCAGGCGCUGGCUCAUCGCUUCGGUUCCUUGUUAGGAGCCUGGCAAGAGGCACUUGAUUAUGACGGCAACAACCGUCUGACCUUCGGUGAGUUUUGCCUCGCGCUGAACCGGCUGGGCAUGCACGGGGAAGUCAGGAGGCUCUGGUGCGAGAUCACCAAGAGCGCUGACGAGUCCGGCUUCCUGGUCUUCAGGGAUCUCGACCCGCAGACAGAUGCUAUGCUGUCGGAGUUGCGGGAAAAGCUGACCCAGGAGUACGGGAACAUGCUCUUGGCUUGGAUCAAGGGCCUUGACACACGAGGGACCGGGCUGGUCACAGAGAAGCAGUUCGUGCAGUGCUGUCGGAAGAUAGGAUUCAGCGGGAAUGCCAGAGAACUCUUCAAGAGAAUGCAGCCAGAUGCAGGCAGAACCCUGAUGACACUCAGGGACUUCGACACGAAGGCAUUUCAUGCUCUCAGCCGUGGCGACUUUCGCAUGCUCAGCGAGCCAUCUCAAGGGCACCACGGAAAGUCGCCCUUGGAGCUCACUUUCCACCAGCGCAAUGAGGCCGGCUUCUUCUACCAGAUCCGAAGGGCAGCAGACGCUUCACGCAGGAAAGAGUUUGCGAAAGCCUGCCGAGUGGCACACCCGUCGGCAUACAGCAUCAACACCAUUGAGGACUUUCAGGAUCUUUGCAGUCGAAAGUACGGAUCCCUCAUAGCAGCAUGGCGGCAGUGCCUCGACGAGCAUGGCAACGGCAAGCGGCUGCUGUCGCCUUUCGUUGCCUCAAGCCGGCACAUGGGCCGAAGUGACACUGGAGAGGCGAACGAGGGCGCUUCUCUUAGGGCCGGCAAGACGGCAGUAGCAGGGCAGAAAGUUGGAGCAGGGUUAGCGGAUGAGGAGGAGUGGGCAUCCACAGCCGUCGAGGAAGAUGAGGAAGACUCGCUGCUUUCAGCGCCCACGCCGGAGCCACCAAAGGAGAGUGGCCCAAAGGAGCCCUCCCUCUGUGGGCUUCCGAUGAAGUGGCUCUCGUUGAUUUCCUUGACGUUUCAAACCACCGGCCAAGCUCUGCUCAUCAAGUGGGCGGACGCACAGGGGCAAAAGGAGUACUUGCCCAGCACGGUGGUUUUCUGGACCGAAGUGGUGAAGCUGUUUACCAGCCUCGUCCUGGUGUUGUAUGAGAGCGGUGACUCCACCAAAGGCUUUCGUAGCAUCACCGAGCACUUCACCCAGGCGCCGACAGAAUUGGCCAAGGCGGCGGUGCCAUCGCUGGUAUACACUUUUCAGAACAACCUCAUGUUCUACAGCCUCACAAAGCUGAGCGCACCCGUCCAGCAAGUGUUGUACCAGAUGAAGAUCAUUACUACAGCAGGCCUGGGCGUCUUGAUGUUGGGAAAGAGCCUGGGCCCCGUGAAGUGGAGUGCAUGCUUCCUCCUCGCCUUCGGGAUCAUGGUGGUGCAGGUCAGUCGGAACGCGCAGAAGGGCGACGUCCUGGGCUGGAACUGGCAGAGCCUCGAGAGUGACCAGAUGAAAGGCUUUGCAGCGGUGCUGUGUGCAUGCCUGACCAGCGGCUUUGCUGGGGUUUGGAUCCAGAAGAUGCUUCAGCAGACGCAGGCCUCGAUCUGGAUGCGGAACAUCCAGCUCGGCCUUUUCGGCGCCUGUAGCAGCCUCCUGGUGGCUGUUGCUCAGGAUGGCGAGGUCAUCGCGAACAGUGGAUUCAACUCAGGAUACAACCUCCGCGUCCUGCUGGUCAUUGCCAUGAAUGCCUUUGGUGGGCUCCUGUGUGCCGUGAUGUUGAAGUACGCAGGAGCAACGCACGGGUGCUUCAGCACGGCUCUUUCCAUCAUCCUCACGUGCUUCAUGUCGUCCCUCCUGCUACAGGACUUUACCCCAGACUUGUUGUUCAUGGUUGGGACAGCGAUCUCCGUUGGGGCAUCGUUGGCAUUUGGUGAGUUCUGCGAUGCCCUGCGUCGUCUUGGGUAUGCCGGAGAGUUCAGAUCGCUCUUCAAGGAGUACGACAAGGAACAGAAAGGCUACAUUUGUCUUGCCGACCUGGACCCAGAAGCAGACGUCCUCGUCUCCGACUUCCUGGACCUGCUCGGGGAGCGCUUCGGCACUCUGGAUUUGGCCUGGCGGGAUGGUUUUCACCAGGAUCCACACGGGAGCAUCACGAAGAAGGACGUCAUCGAGGCAUGUGCAGCAUUGGGCUACGCGCACGACGCAGAGAAGCUUUACAGAUGCCUGCAGACAUCUCCAGGAAAGCAGCUCAUUACCAUUUGGGACAUCGAUCCAGUCUGCAGCCGAUCGCGCAAGCGAGGGCUCGAGGCUAUCAUCCCAAGUGCACCAAGGCCCUUGAGCCCCACUGCACGGGGCAAUGAAGCUCACACCUUCUUCCUGGAGGACGGCUCACCAUCUUCCAGGACAAGGAACGUAAUGAGCAAGACCUUCCACACCUUCAACAGCCCUCCUUUGGUGCAGCAGCUUCGGCGAUGUCUGCGUGCACGAUGGGGGUCUACGGUAUCUGGCUGGAGGUUGUCCUUGGAUCCGCAGCUCCACGGCAAUUGUGGCUUCGGGAUGUUCAUGAAGGCGCUGGAGGAGUGUGCCUUUGGAGGGAAGCCGCGAGCACUUUGGGAUGAGCUCAGUGGGGAGAAGAACUUUAUCACUUACAUGGAUCUCGACGAGCCAGCAGCCAGCCUCUUGGACUCCUUCCGCGAGCAAGUUGUCGACCGCCAUGGGUCCAUCAUGGAUGCCUGGCACGAGCUGGAAUCUGCAGGACGAGGUCUGUUGGAUGAGGAGACUUUUGUCAGUGUCCUGACGGAGAUGGGCAUCACCAUCAAGCACCCCAGGAAGCUGUUCAAGUUGCUGCUAUCACGACAAGGGCAGCGGUCUUUGGCGAAGGAGGGCUUCCAGGCACUGCUGGUCGGUGUGGUGCCGACGGAGCAGCGCGACCUCUGGGUUUCGCGCAAGCCAAGGAAGGAAUCCACGCCGAAGGGCCAAGCCUCCCCGAAGAGGAAGGUGUCGCCUUCGAAGGCAGGGGCCACGAGGCUGGCCAAACCAGCCCCCACAGCUGAGAUCGUCGAGGAGGCGAAGUCUCCGUCUGCCGAGUUGGACCGACCCCAAGCACAGCCUUCCAGGAGCGAGCGGAGCGACUUGAAGGUGAAGGUCGUGCCUCCAGUGGGCCAGCCGAAGGCACACGACGUGGAAGCAGCCGAACCGGAAGCGCGAGAGACAGCCCAUUCGGUUGCCAGUCGGGCUGUCAGCUCGACUGUCAGCAGAGUGGCCGCGAAACUUGCUUCGGAAGAGACGGAGGAGGCCCCGCGUGCGAAAGUCUUGGACAGCGCUGCCCGGAAGAAGGCCAUCGGUGGACUCCUGAAGGCGGCCAAGACCGGACACCUGGAGAAGUCACUGCGCCAAUUCGAGGAGAAGGAGGCCACAGCUGCAGCGAAGGAGCUGCCAAAGACGCUGGAAGAGCUGCGGAGGCAGCCUGGAGACGAGGUCGCAAAGCUCGGGCCGUCUCAGAUGGAGCCGCCUUGUACAAGCUGCCACAGAGGCGCAGACGAUGCCGGUCCGUCCCGUGUGUGGCCGAAUGCCAUCUUUGACGAGGAGUCUUCUUUUGGUGGGCUGUCUGAGCUGCCUAUGAUCGCGAAGGGCCGGUUGGCAAAGUCUGUGCCAGUCAGCCCUCGGAUGCAGCGUCGUUCUGCAGCAAUGCUUCCCGAAGGGUCGUGCAAGACUACCGCCUUGCGGCUGCGAAAUCUCGCCGGCAAGGUCUUACUCGAGACCCAGCUGGGCUCCUGGCAUGUAAUGACGCUGCCGCUCAAGUAUUUCAUCUGUGGUCGACUGCAUUUGAAGCACAGCGAUGUAGACGUCAUCUUUGAAGAUCAUGUCCUCGGCCUGGAAGACAAGCUGAGUAAGCUGGUGAUGCGGAUCCCGCCUGACGGCAUCGAGCUUUUGCUAAUACGGCGAUCCGGCACAGACAGCGACGAGUAUCCGUAUGAGGAGGGCGGUCUCAUGAUGAUGUACUCCGACGAGUUUGAAGACAACCUUUUGGAGCACAUAGGAUACCCACCCCUCGUGCGACGGGGUGUGAGGAUCAGCCUGCGCAGGGAAUUGGGCAGCGCUGCAGACUAG